AUGUCCCCCAUCCUUGCCCGCUAUGCUGCCUCUGCGUACCACCUUCGGCAGAAACCGUCAGGUUGGUGCUGCAGCGCUUGUGCUGAGUGGGUUUGGAAUCAAAAGAAUACCCCAGCCCUUCAAGGGGAAGUUUUGACCCCAGUCGGCCAUGCUUGGCCGCAGCUGGGAGAGGCGGCCAUCUCUGGGCCGACCUAUUUUAAUGUAGAUUUCGCACAAGAGGUCUUGACGCCUCAGGACGAGACAACAGACAGCCCCACACGGCAAGAAGAUGCUGGUGUAGCAACCAGCAGCACUGGUGAGGAAGGCCAGGGCAGCUCGCAGGCUACGAAGUCAGAUGCGGACAGGCCUGUGCCAAAAAAACCGACCAGGAAGGACUGGUGUCGACUUUCGGACAUUUUUGUCCAAGCGCCGGUGCACUGUAUGCAGGCCAAGUCUGCUCAAAUACUCGACUGGAUUGAGGAAUUUGAAGCAGGCCUUGAGCCUGAUACGCUUGGCUGUUGGCUCGCCAACCGCAUCGCGGAAUGCCUGGAGGCUGAAGAAGAGGACACCAUCGGUAUUCUGGCCUGCAUUGAGGAUCUUAAGAUGCAGGAAACGCACGUGGAGAAAGGUCAGCAGAACGAAGUACAGUCUGGACUGGCAGCGGUCUCCCUUGACUCCUGGGCCCACCCUGCGGAGGCAAUGUCUACCUCGAAUCAGGGAAAGGCCCUGGAGGAGGAGUCAACCCGAGUCCUCACCAUGAUAAAAGGAAAGCUGGUGCAACCAGCAGAAGAAACCACAACGCAGGGCACAGUGAUCGACUUUGCGCUGGCUUCAGCAGCCAUUGCCAGCUGCAUACAUGUCGAGGUCGACUGGGAGGCGCCGCGAUUCACACCUGAACCUGGUGACUACCAGGAAGACCAGGAAGCCCAGGAGGAAACCGCUGGUGCAGCCAACGUCCCCUCAAAAACAGUGGAGUGGAGGAAAGGUUGCGUACUGGGAACGAAUGCGAAGUUGGAAGCGUACAUGAUCGGCCACAGUGUUGACGUAGAAACCGUCCAGACGGUGCUUAAAAAAGCCAAGGCGGAAGCCCAGGAUUGGCAAAAACAGCGACGAGCACAGUAUCAAAAAUGGCUUGAAGGAGCUUGCGCAGGAGGCAUGCGAGGCCUUUACAAAGCCCUGAGAUCGCCUGAGAAUGUGCAGGCACGGCCGUACCGCGAGCACAGUGGGGAACUACGGCCGCACCUGCGCAGGCAAGAAUGGAAAGCAGUCUGGCAACCAAUGCCAGACAACCAGACACAACAGGACCCGCUGUUUGACCAACUCGCGGCUGGUGCGAGGCUCCAACUUGAGCAAUUGGGCCCUCUGCGGGAUGAAGUUGUGGCCAAAGUCCUGGGUAAAAUGACCAAAAAAGCCGUUGGGCCGGACGGACUCUCUGCACAGAUGUUCCGUGAACUCAGACCUGACCAGGUUGCCCUGGUGGCGCAGGCCUUUAGAGAAUGGGAAUCCACGGGUUACAUGCCGGAUACGGUCACCAUGACCUUGGUCACCCUUCUGGCCAAAAAAGAAACCGAGGAACGACCAAUCGGCUUGACGUCCUACGCAUACCGAGCCUGGUGCAAAACCAGGUACCAUCUUUAUGAUGAAUGGGCAAAGCAAUACAAGGCAGCUGCGCCUUGGGACAGGGCGAUCAAGGGCCUCUCGUCACUCGAAGUUGCCGUCACACGCGUGCUGAAAGGGGAGAUGCACAGACAGAGUGGCAAAACUGGCAUAACCUUGUUGCUAGACCUGAAGGGCUUCUACGAAAACGUCUCUCACACGGCGUUGGUGGAGGCGGCUUUCAGGCACCAGUACCCGCCGCUGCUCUUGCAUGGCGCAAUGCAG